AGCCAGUGUUUAUCCGUCGAUCAUGAGUUCUUUGCAGCGAUUCCAUGUCCCAUCGAGUGCCCUGCAACCCGAAAACGGGACAAAGAAGCUAUAGUACGAUGAGGCGGAAAAUAAUCUUGCGUAGCAAUUAAAUGCACGAAGGUGACCCUGCACUUCACAAUGGUGUUCUACUUCUCAAUAUAUCUCAAGACUACCAGCUAGUCGGCCUGUGUCCGGAUCCUCCAUUAUGGGCCGCCCACAGAAUUUGGACGACGUUGAGGCUAAUCACGACGAAGAGGAGCUUCGUACGUGGCGUGACUGGAUGGUCGUGUUAUCAUGGAGUCUACUGGGCUAUAUAUGCAUUAUAUUGACGGUUAUCGGCUACUACAAUCCGUCUCUACUACCAUUCGACCCGGCGUCCUUGUUUUUCAAUAAGGACAUUUCGCCGUUCUUUGCAUUUUCGCAUGGCUCGGGCUAUUUUCCGAAGCCACACGGAUUCAAGGUAGUCGCUCUGGUUCCAUUUAACUACCAUGAGCGCACUGCCAUUCUUCACUGUUACUUACAGCAAAAUUUGGUCCACAAUCAUGGUUUCCUGGAUCAGGUUAUCUUCAUCCCUCAGACCCAAGACGCGGUCAGCCGACAAUGGCUCAAUGCUUUAGUGCGGCAAACCCCGGAAUACGCAAUUUCUCUAUCCGGCCAAGAUAUGGACUGGAAGUUCAAGCAGGAAAAUGUCCUGUAUAUUCGCAUUGACGGAGAUGUCGUCUUCUUAGAAGACCACACCAUCCCCACGAUCGUCAAAACGAAAUUGGACAACCCGGAUGCGAUGAUGGUAUCUGCCAAUGUCGUCAAUGAAGGCGCACUCGCAUCUCUCCACAGCCAUCCAGGUGUUGCUCUACCGUAUCUUCCAGAACUGCACCACGUUGAGCAGCCGUCUCGGUCAAAGUCCCAACUCGGCAGCGACUGGAGGGCAUCGAGCCUUCCCCAAUGGGAAGGACCCGCCAGCUUCAGAGUUCAAAAAGGGUUCCAACCACCGUUCCAGGGUCAUCGAUGGCUACGACCAGCUGGCGCAGGCUCUGACCGAGAUCCCAUUGCCUCUUCCGUGUAUACGGAAACGGGCCCGACUCUGCAGGAUUGGACAGUGAGUGCUCAGCAGCACUACUCGUUCCUUGAUCACCUGGAAUCGGAUACUCUGAGCCGAUACAAAUUCCCAAUGUGGGUGAACCCGACCGAGCCUGUUAGUAGCACCUUUGGGUGUUUCUGGGGCAAGGAUGCCGAGGCUUUGGGGCAGAUCUUCGGACACAAAUCCAAUGAAGAAUUAUCGAAGUCAUGGACUGCGGCAGAUGGCUCGCGUCCGAAGGUGACAAUCGACGGCAAGGGUCUAGUAUCGCAUUACUCGGCUCAAUUGGGUGCUGAUGGUUUGGAUGCAACGGAUCUUCUGGAGCGUUAUCGUGCCUAUGCGGAGGAGAACGUUUGUCGACAUGUGAUGUGACUUGAGAAAGCAUGUUGGAAAGGGAGUUUGGCUGCGGAGAUUAUUUGACGAUUAUAUGCACAUAUAGACAUUUUGGACACACGGGAACGUAAUAUUCACUUUAUUUUCCCAUGGGCCUAUAUCAGAAGACUAGACGAGAUGAAUAUGUAAUGUUCAUGUGUGAAUUCAGGCCAGAGGCUUGAUUUCAACUUCGCUGAAUAAGUGG